AGUCUAUUUUGCUGGUCCAAGCCGUGCUAAGCCCGAGCGCGCUCCUCGCCUCCCCUGCAGAGCCGCCCCCGCCAGCUGCCCGGACCGAGGCGAGGCCAUGGGCGCGUGCUGCACGUCCGCGGCAGGGGUCGACCGCCGGGAGGCGCGGGCGCGGGCCGCCAGGAAGGCCAGGGGCCCAGGCGAACGGCGCCGUGCAGCCCAGGGGCGACCUCGCGCCGCCCCCGGCCGUCGAGGAGGUGGACGAGGUGGCCCAGCUGAAGCUGCUGCUUGGGCAGGUGCCCGGCAUGCGGGCGCAGGAGGUGCUGCUGGCGAUGGCGGCCUUCGUCACCAUCGACGUGCGCUUGGCAGGCCUCGGGCGGCUGGAGGAGCUGCAGCGGGAGGGCGCCCAGGGCGAGCUGUUGCCCCUCGGCUGUGUGGAGGCCGUGGUCGAGGCGAUGGAGGUGCAUAACGGCCCGGGCUGCGCCGCGCUGCAGGAGAGCGGCAUCCGCUGACUGCGCGCAGCGGCGGCCACCCCAGCCGAGUCGCUGAAGGUCACCGGCUCUGGCGGCUGCAGGUCCGUGGACCGGGCGAUGGAGAUGACAGGCAGCCUGCAGAUCGGGAGCCUCCAGAUCGCGGCGUGCGAGGCCCUGUUCAACCUGGCGGCCAACAGCACCUCGAGCAAGACGAAGAUCGCGGCUCUCGGCGGGGUGAGCGCGACCCUGAAGGCGAUGUCGGCCUCGAUGGGCGACGCGCGCGUGCAGGAGGCGGCUUGUGCGUGCUUGCGCAUGCUGACGCCCAACCAGUCGAACCAGACUAGGAUUGCGAAUGCUGGGGGAGCCGAGCGGAUCCUGGAGGCCAUGAGAUAAGGCAGCACCUGGGCGACGCAGGGUUCUUGAACGAGGCAUGUUGCGCUCUCUGCCACUUGGCCUACGGACACCCCGAGAACCAUAAGCAGAUGCCCUUGUUGGGCUGCUGACUUGCAUGAGAGAGCACGUUCCAUCGCCAGGCUUGCAGGCGCACGCAAUGUGGGGCCUCAAGAACAUGUGCGCCUCGAGCUCGGAGAAUCAGGUGACGGUGGCCGAGGCGGAGGGCGUCAACCUCGU